AUGGCCAGCAACUGCAAAGCGUUCUGGCCACGUACGGAAUUCAUCAGUCAAAUGAGGGAUGUGCUCCCACUCGAUGACUAUGGUAGAUGUGGUCGGAAAGAGUGCCUCCCAAAACGAUCCGAUGAAUGCAACAAACUUAUGGCAAGCUAUAAAUUCUACUUCGCCAUUCCCAAUUCUGAGUGUAAAGACUACAUCACGGAAAAGUUCUGGCUCCAGUCGCUGUCCUACGGCACGGUGCCGGUCGUACUUGGCUCGCGGAAGGAAUCUUACCAGGCGGUGGCACCUCCGAACUCCUACAUUCAUUUCAGCGACUUCAUAUCCAUCGAUGAAUUAGUGGACUACCUAAAUCGCCUCGACAAAGACGACGAGGCCUAUCGCAGGUUCUACGACUGGCGAAGUCAAGGAGAAGUGGUGCUCACCUACCCGACACGCCCUACAAUCUUCUGUAAAGCCCUACCCCAUCUCCAUGAGAAACGAGAUGUGAAGCCGUACAAGUAUCUUGGCGAUUCACCCUGGUUCAAAGGUUGUAGGAUGACUCCAGACAGAAGAGUGUUUGAUCUGAGCAAACAAGAACAGGAGACUUUGUCUAAAUUUGAAAAUUGGUCGGUAUGGCGAUGA